CGACCGUUUUUCAUAUCUACGUAAGUCUGUAACCAUGUCAAAACCGCAUUCAAACAUUGCCGAUAUCGAGUUGCCCGUCAUCAUGGGGGGACCACCAAAAACCCGAUACAAAAUCAUGGCAUUUUUCUAUGCUCAUUACCCUCCCGGUUUUAUCAAAAAGGUAGUGGCGGAGGUGGUGGCGACUUUCUUGUUGGUGUUCGCAACAUGUGGUGCAGCCGCCCUGAGUACGAGUGAUGAACACACGGUAUCUCGACUUGGAUCCUCGAUUGUUGGCGGGCUUAUUGUGACCGUCAUGAUCUAUGCGGUUGGUCAUAUCUCGGGUGCACACAUGAACCCGGCGGUCACACUAGCUUUUUCGGUCGUUGGACAUUUUCCGUGGAAGCAGGUACCUGUGUAUGCAGCAGCACAGUUAACAGGAUCCAUAUUGGCUUCAUUCGCGCUACGAAUACUGUUACAUCCAAUAAAGCAUUUGGGCACAACGACACCUGCAGGGACGGACUUACAAGCUCUGAUCAUGGAAAUCAUCGUCACAUUCACAAUGAUGUUUGUCACUUCAGCCGUAGCCACAGAUUCUAAAGCUGUAGGAGAGCUAGCAGGGAUAGCAGUAGGAUCAGCCGUAUGCAUUACUUCCAUCUUAGCAGGGCCAAUUUCCGGAGGAUCAAUGAACCCAGCACGCACCGUUGGACCAGCUUUAGCUAGCAACACCUAUAACAGCAUUUGGGUGUAUAUCAUUGGUCCAAUAACAGGAACGAUAUCAGGGGCGAUAUGCUACAGUUUUAUUCGUCUAACAGAUAAACCAAUUCAAUCAUUGUCUUCUUUUAAACUUCGAAGAACGAAGAGCAAUGAUGAACAUCCUACAGUCAAUGAUCUUCUUAGUUCUCUGUAACAGUCGAUAUACUAGGAUCAGUUAUCAAGGGGUUAUUUACCUAAAUGACCUCCUAAACUGCAUUUUAAAUCCAGACGUUCUGACAGCUUUCUAGGCAUUCUUGUGUAUGGAAGUGAUAUUCUUAAGUUAAGUAGUAGCAUCCUCAAAAAUGUCAGAAAUUCAUGAAUUUAAACGUG